GUGCGUCCAGGCUGGCACCCAGGAGCGGCAGCCCACGCCCCGCCUGGAUAACCGAGAGGGACAAAGGAAGAUAACUCGGGCUGGGUGGAGGGGGAGAAAAAGGUGGGCGGAGGAAGGCGGCUGCCUGGAGGUGGAGAAACGCUGACUCCGGCAGAAGCAGCACCCAAGGGGGUUCCUCCCUCAGUCUCGGGCGUGCCAGUCGAAAGCCCAGCCAUGGCGAGCUCCAAGCGGCAGAGAAACUCCAACAACGGCUCAGGUAGGCGCCGGAAGCCGAGCGCGAGGGGCGUCUGUGCACAAAGGCGCCCUUUGCGCACUGGUGGAGAAACCGAGGGGCGGCGGGGCAGGAAGCCUGAGCGCGGCCCGGGUGCAGCCGGUUGCGGCUCUUCCUUCCCCUUUGCUCGGCUUCUCCGCCUGCAUGGUCAGAGCUCGGAAAUUUCUCCCGGCGGGGAGGAACAGCCGCGGGAGACGGGUCUCCAAAAGGUGCCCCCAAGUAGGAAGGCUGCGCGCCGCCUUUAACCCCCGGAGAGAGCGAGGGAUCCUGUCGGUGGGGUCUGGAGUCUGCCUGCGUGUCAACGUCUGAAUGGGAACCAGGGGGACACCCAGUUCAUUUAAAGCGUAUUUGCUCCCCGGAAGAGCCCUGGGAACAGCAAUUCACCCCUCAAUGAGCCCCCGUUUCCAGCACCCUUUAUGAACCCGCGAUUCCCAGGACGCUUUGAAAUGGGUAGUGUACAUGCAAGAACUCUCAUCUGCAGAACGCUCGUGUUCAGGAAAGAAUGGCUUGUGCAUCUGUACUUGCAUUUAGUGAUCAAUAUAUGAUACACGGACCUCCUGAGGCUUAGUUCAAGCAGGGGGGCACUAAGGGGUAUUCUUUUUUACCGUUGAGGCAGGGGGAGAGAGAAAGCAAAACUGCUGUCCACGCCCGCCCUUUGUCCUCUUGGUUCGAGUCGGCUUCUGUUCUACUCGUUCCUUUGUUCUUUCUCGCCUUCCUGUGUUUCCUCCCGCUCCGCCCCUCCUUCUCCUUGUCGUCACGUGGCCGCGUCGCUGUGUUUUGGGCUGGGUUGUAGCUGCCGGGCCCGUUUGCUGUCGCUCCCGCAGGGCAGGGAGUCGGGUGCCUGGCUGCUGGGGAGAGCCGGUGAUUCCGUGGCGCUGCAAAGCAGCCAGACCCACGCCCACAUUUGGGGAGGGGGUAACUGGAAAGAACAGUACAGGGUGCGCUCAGCUCUCACCUGUGGCUCCUAGAAGCAUAGCUGUCAACUUACAGAUUUGAAAAAAAGGGACCAGCAGCCUCGAAAAUAAGGGACCAGCAGCCAAAAUAAGGGAUUUUCCUAACACGGGUAUGUUCAACAUCUGAGCCCCUCCGAGCCAAAGCCCUCCGAGCCAAAGCCCAGCCAGCAGCCAAACGAAGCCUCAAGCGGUGGUUCCCACAGCGCAGCAACCUGGCAAAGGGGAUGCAGCAAGGAAAAUCACCGUCACCUCUCCGCUGGGAAGCGCUGAGCAAAGGCGAGUCCCCAGGCAACUCAGCCGAUUUGAUCGGCACAAGGCAUGCAAGCUCCAACCCCCAGUCGUUCUUAGACUCUUUAUUGGGUGAGCAACGCAGCCAAGCAACACAGUUGGCCGGCAGGGAGGGAGGGAGAGGAGCUGCUUCCUUUGAAACCCGGGAAAUUUAAGGGGCAUCAUCAAUAAGGGACAGCAGCGGGACACGGCGCUGGGAUAAGGGACUUUCCCGCCAAAUAAGGGACAGUUGACAGCCAUGUCUAGAAGCUGUCAGCAGGUGGCCGCAGCAGCCACACCCCGAGAACAUAGCUGUCAACCUUCCUUUUUUUUUGCGUGAAAUUUGCUUAAUCCAGCGCUGCUUCCCGCUGCUAUCCCGGAUUGUUAGAUAUCCUGUAGACUGUCCCUGGGACAGGUGAGGUUGCUGAUCCCUUAUUUUCAAAUCUGAAAGUUGACAGCUAUGCCCGAGAAUGGCUUUGAUGGCCUGGUUGGUCUCAAACCUUCAGUGAGUUAGGGACUUCCCCUGCAUGCGAAGACAGGCUUCUGCGGAUUUAGCAGACAAGACCAAUGGUCAAGACGACAGUUUCUGCAUGUGCUGUGGAGGGAAGUGAGGGGCAGGUGAGGCUCAUUCACCUGGGAAGGUAGCUCAUCUAGGAGAAGGAAAACUCUGAUCCUAAACUUCUGCUGCUUUGCGGGAUAUCUUCGGGAGAAGACAAAGCUGAGGUGUAAACCCUAUACAAAUCCAGAGUGGCGUCCCCAAGAUAAUUGGAUGGCGUCUUCCAGCGGCUCCUGCCAAACUGGUGCCAAAUGCAUCUCUCUGCUUUCCUUUGAAACACAUCUGUGAGACAGGGGAGGGGGGAGUCUUGUCCUUGUGCAGCUCAGGACAUUCAUAAACACUGCCCAGGUUUGUGCUCCAGGGAGGUCACUUCAGUGCUGCUAAUGCAGCCAUUUGACUUCACCCCCAGAGGCACAUUCCAUUGUCUCAUGUCCCAACAACAAUGUGACAGUCUUUAGGGCAGCACCAACUUCCAUUUUCUACUCCAGAGAAAGUGUGAGCUGUAAGUUUCUUCUUCGUUUUACAGCUCAUGAUUUCUUUGGCAAAGACAAGCUAUGAACCCAGGUUUGGUCAGCACACUAGUCCCAAUCAUGAUUUACCUUGCUGCACCAGGUGGACCAGGGGAGGAGUGCAGUGGCUGUGAUUUCUCUGGGAACCCUUGUGUUCAUGCUAACCCAUGUUUUGUCUUAGAGUGCAUCAUAGUUGGACUUUCAAUUCCCAUCAGUCCCAACCUGCAUGGCCAGAUACAAGGUCUUGUAUGUAAUUCAAGAGUGUCUGGAAGGCUACAGUUUCCCUAUCACUGUUCUGCAGGCAUACAGCUGCACAAAUCAGCAUGGACACCUGGCCAAGGCUGGAUUAAAGUCUUCUUGAGUUUAAUGAGCAAGCAGAAUCUACAAAACCUUGGAACCAACACAAUUAUAUAUAGAACUUCAGAAAAGAAGUGAACAGUCUACACUUUUAUUGCAACACUAAAUAUGUUGUUUUCUGCCAUAGGAGAAAUCCAUGUGGACAGCAAGAAUGUACUGCAAGACAGAGGUAAAGUAUCUGCUGUUUGUUCAAAAUAUAAUUGAAAGCUAUUCAAAAAAGUGUUCUGUUUCCACUUAGAAAGCUUUUCUAAGUGGGAACAGAACAGGGAAGCAAGCUGGAGAAGGAAAUCUUCCUCCCCAGAUGGGGUAUGGGUGUAUUCCUGUGGAGGUGAAAACAUUCAGAGGUGGAUCUGAUUUAUGGGAAGGUGGCACACUCUUGCUUCAUUAACCCAAGCUGGAUUGUUUGCAUAGGGAAUGAACUAAUACACAUUAAAUUUGUAGGCAUGGCUGAUUGUUCUAAUGAAGCUUCUCUGUAUGUGCAUUUAGAAUGGAAUGUACACGUCCUGUUAUUUCCCCUGUUCAUUGCAGGUGCUGUGAUCCAACGAUACACACAAACUGUCCUCUAAGGAUUUGUGCAUGUCUACCUAUGCAAAAGACAAUUGAUUAGGCUUGAGAGUAGAGACAGGAGGCAGAAGUUUCGAGUUUCAAAAAGAUUGAGAAAGAUAGAUCUUUAGAUACACUUUCAAGAUUUCAACUAGGGCAAAAGUUGUAAAAUAUUUUAAAAGAUGAAAUGCUGUUUUUUAUUGUUAGCCAGGAACAGUGGAGGGGAAAAGCAGGACUGAAAUCUGCACAUACCUAUUCAUGCAUAAAUACAAUUGAUGGCAUGUAAAAACUUUCUUCUGCUUUCAGGCAUAUGAUAAUACUGGAAGGCAGACAAUUAAUUUCUGGGAUAAGCAAUUAUUGUCUUGGUGGCAACCUUCUUUACAGGAACACACAGUGUUAUUGAGACCUUGGUAUAUUGGGGCACCGUUUUUACAUUUUGCAUAUUGUAUGGAUAAAGGCCAGUUUUUCACUUUGUUUUUAUGUAUUGUAUAUUUUUAUAUUGUUGUAAGUUGCCUUGGGUUUGUUUGAGAAAGGUGUCAGCAAAAUUUAAUACAUGAAAACAACAAAAAUAGUCAAAGUUGGAGGACUAUUUUUUAGAUUGCUAAUUACAGAUUUGGGGACAAGAGUUGUAGAAGCUCUUGAUUUACUAUAGCAAAAUCUUAAUACAGGAACAAACCCAGUUAUCUCAAAUGAAAACAUCUUUGGAACAUGUUGAUGAUACAUUCCUUAAAAGCUUAUUUGAAAAAUAGGUCAUUUAUAUAUAUUUCAUUUGUGCCUUUAAGUAUAUUGGGUCAACCAUGUUUUGAAUUAUUUUCAAAUUAUAGAUGGACAGCAAAACCACACUGAAACAGAUGCCAUUGGUGAAAGGUAAGGAUCUCUAUUGUCCUUGAACAGCUGUUUGUAGCUGAAAACAAAGAGACGGAAAAGUAUUUCCCACAGUAUAUGCACAACCACACCCUCAAUAUUUACUGGAUCUCUAAUAAGUAUGGCUGUGCUCUGACGUGCUCACAAUACAAAAGAUAACCUUUCUAGGAGCAACCAAAAUUGUACUUGCUGAUUAUUUGACUGUUGUAUCUGGGUUUAUCACAGAAUUAAGAGUUGUCAGUGCAGUGUAAAUUUUCUAUCCUAAAGCAAUGUGUUUAUAUUUGUGUGUGUAUAUACAAUGACUGGACUAUUUUCGUAUGGAAUAAAUCCUGUUUGAUUGGCAAAACUACAACUGGCAUGUGGAAUUGGGACCUGUUAUUUUAGAAGCAUACAAGCCCUCUGGCCAUGUAUAACUAGUUGUACAGUUCUUUGGAUCCUGGCUUGAUCCAGUAGAUUCAGCAAGGUGGUGUGCAUAUGAGAGAGAGAGGGAGACUGGAUUAAUAACUGAAAACUCCUUACUUUUGUAGAAACAUCCAGCUUUUUGAUCCAGCAGUGGAGUAUAACAUGAACCACAAGAGGAGGGGACUUGCUCUGAUCUUCAACCACGAACAUUUUUUCUGGCACUUGACAUUACCAGAGAGACGUGGCACCCAAGCUGACAGGGAUAACCUAAAACGCAGGUGUGGAGAUGUUCUCAAAUUAUUUUUAAGCAUGUGUGAGUUUGUGGGCGGAGUAGGGAGAAUCCAGUUCAACUUCAUGCCAUUUAUACAUAAAAACACCAAAGAAUGAAGUUUCUUAAAGACAAAAUCAUCGUGUAGAAAAAUGAUGAAGCCCACUUGGGGCUUGCCCUGAGAAUGAGUGCACUGUAAGGACUAAAAUAGCAUGAGCUGUGAAGUCCACAGUUCAAAUGCUGCUUCAGACAUGUGUUCCUUAGUUGGUCAUUAUGACUCAAGUCUUUCCCCACCGACCAAUAUACAGGUGAACAUUACAGGUGCAGUUCAAAGAAUGACUGUAUAUAAAGCACUUUGAAUGCAGCUUUCAAACUUUUAGGCAACCCAUCCCAUGUUGACUUGCCUGUCACAAGCCACCUGUGUUUUGCAGAGAAGCAUGACGCCACAUGCACUGAAGGUGUACCUUAGAAGGCACCCAGCCCACUCUUGUGGCUGCACAUUAUUUUUCUCUUCAUUUAUAGACCACCUACUUGCCAAAAAUGGCUUCUAAGCAGUUUUGAGUGCAGGAUAGGAGUACACAGAGCAACCUGUUAAGAGUUGUAGGAGAGAAAACACCUUAUUUUCCCUCUAUUCCUGAACACUGCAUCAACCAAUAAAUUACAUGGCAGAUCGAUAAUGGGGUGCAGAGGGGAGAGUGUUAAGCUAUCAAUAUGCUUUUUUGAUCCAGUAUUUGCUUUGAGAAGUCCCAAGAAAGUUUCCAAAGGAACCCCUGGUUCCUGUUCAAUUAAGGUCAAGCCACUCGUAAACUGCUUCCCAGCAGAUUACUCAAGUUAAAACAGUUGGGAUAGCUUUCUCUUCAAAAAGUAGUUUUAUUGUUCCUUUAUUGCUGUUUUGGAGAAACCAUGUCAUAUGUCAUUGGUUAGUUAUUAGUACCCCACACAUUUCUAAUGCUGCAUUUUCUCAAGAAGAGAAAAAUCAAGAAACAAAUGCAACUUGCAAGACUUUUCUUGUUCCUGUUUAUACUAGUUUGACGGAGCUUGGGUUUGAAGUGAAGUGCUUUGAUGACCUUAAAGCAGUUGAAGUGUUGCAAAACAUUUACAACGGUAGGUGACUUUGCUUUAUUUACUUGAGUAAAUUCUGCUAUGAUUAUUAUACAGCUUUAAUAGUGAAUGUGUUCAACUUAAAACCUUUUGUUUAACCCUUUCUUGAUAAAAAUGUGUUACGGUAAAAAAAUAAUAAUAGAAAAGAAAUAUGCUACUGUCACAGUUGCUUAGUUUCCUUAUGAGAGUUGAACUGAUCCAAAGUAUCUAGAUCAGGCAUAGGCAAACUCGGCCCGCCAGAUGUUUUGGGACUACAACUCCCAUCAUCCCUAGCUAACAGGACUAGUGGUCAGGGAUGAUGGGAGUUGUAGUCCCAAAACAUCUGGAGGGCCGAGUUUGCCUAUGCCUGAUCCAGAUUGAUAAAGCAAUAGCUGAAUUAUGACAAUAGCAAUAAGUAAGAGCAGAUAUGAUGGCCAAAUAUUUGAAGGGCUGCCACUAGGAUGGAAACACUCAUGUUUUCUGUUGCACCAUUAGGAAGAAAGGUGGAAGACUGUGUUGUGAUAGUGGGAGACUUACUCUCCAUUAGAGUAAGUCUCCCACUACACAGUGGGACUGAAUGACCAACAUUAGGGAUGCUCUAGUAGUGUAUUCCAGCAUCAGCAGGAUGUUGAACUAGAUAGCCUUCCAACAAUGUAAAGGAGCGUAUUUUAUGUUUAAUGAAUGAAACCUGCUGCUGUGGUUGACUUAAAUCUGGAAAGUUGCAGCAGUGAUAUCAAGUCUGAAACAAAGCUGGUUUUGAACUGCAGUUCCAGAACAGCCAGAAUGCACCAAGUAGGCUCUAGCAAAAUUGUGAUGAGACUUGCAGCACAGUCUCAUUGUGUCUACUUAGAAGUAAGUCAUAGUGAAUUCAGUGGGGCUUACUCCACUGAAAGCGGGGUUAGGAUUGCAGCCUAAGGUACUAGAAUUUGAGUGGGAAUGUAUCAUUGAAUUAGCAGGCAAUAUCGAUGUAGUUUAAUAGCCUUUCCAAUUAAGUCACCUGACUCUAAAUAAGAACUUGUUCCAUUCAUAGUACUCACCCGCACUAUGAAGAAAGCACUAUUUGCCCAACCCAUAGUUCUUAAUUGUCUCUGCCUGUAAGGAGCCUCCUUUCCUUACCUUGAAUCCAGAUACAGCAAUAGCCCAAGCAGUAGCUUUUUGGGUACCCGAGUCCCUAGUAUGGAUGCUUAUCAAUCCGGCUUGAUGGAGGCAACAAGGUCACCUUGAAGCCCAUGUCUCUUUCAUUCUGAACACUGUUUCUGUCAAGUACCUCUAGUUUUGAGGUUUAGUAGGAAUACAAAAGGGCAGCUGUGCAGGAUUCAGGGCCCCAUGAGGAAUUUGUAGAGGUGCUGGAUACAGCAGAGACUUCCAGUGAUACAAUCGAGACCAAAAUAUGGUUCAUAUUUUCAAUCCAUCUUAGUAUAAAAGAGCAUGAGCUAUUUUCCCUUUUUGGGGGGGUGGGGAUAGCUUGGGUUUGCUGAGCUCAGCUCCAACAUGACCCCAGGGUACUUUGUUCAUCACUACUUUACCAACCAUUGCUUUUAAAAUAACGUUUUUCAACGGCAUUGUUUUGCAGUGUCUACAGACCAGCAUGAAGAUGCAGACUGCUUCGUGUGCAUUUUCCUGAGCCACGGAGAAGAUGAUCAUGUUUAUGCCUACGAUGCUAAAAUAAAGAUACAGGAAUUAACCAAGAUGUUCAGAGGAGACAAAUGCCCAAGCCUAGUUGGGAAGCCAAAAGUAUUUAUAAUUCAGGUAAGGUGGCGCUCGUGAAUUAAACCACAACAUGAUUCCCUCCAGGUGUUUUGGGCUGGAAUUGCCACCAGUACCAGCCAGGUCACCACCAGGCUAGGGAAGGCAGGAGGAGACAGUUGUGUAUUUUAUUGGAAACAAUACAGAAAUAAAAAAAUGGAAACACAAAAACCCCUCCUCCAACUGAAUAGGCAGUGGCCGUUAUCUGCUGCUUCUUGCAGUUCCUACCCUCAGUUUGGGGUAGACAGAACUUCAUGUGUCAGUUUAUGGAAAACUCUUCGGUAUCAUAGAGCCACCUUAUAUUCCCUUGCUUUUCUAAGUAUUGCCUUGGUUUAUGCAUAUGAUAGGAAGUACAAAGCAUGCUUCUUUCUAAACUCAAUUCCAAAGUGAAAAACACACACCCUUUUCCCAGUGUUUGCUGCACUUUCUAAGCUGAGUCAUCCUACCAAAAGACUCAGCAAAGCGUAACCAAAUAUUUAAGUAUAUAUUCAGUGUAUGUUAACCAAGGCAGAACUCAGAAAGGUUCUGCGUUAGAAUGGUGUCCAGCUGUGAGACUUCGUUUCCAACCGUUUCUCCUCCCACAGGCAUGCAGAGGAGACAGGCAUGACGACCCUGUCCUUCAUCGUGACACAGUGGAUAGCAAAACAGAAAUCAAUGAAACACAAGUCGAUGCUGCCGCCGUAUAUACACUGCCUGCUGGGGCAGACUUCCUCAUGUGUUACUCGGUUGCAGAAGGUAAAAUGCACCCCCCCCCAGCUGUCUGUAACUGCUGAUUCCGUGAAAUAGCAGUUAUCUACAAAAGAAAGAGACAAUUUUCUUGAAGUUAGUCUCUGUGUAUACUUGUAUUAUUGCCAUGUGCAGAGUUGCAUGCUAUAUUUACGAUAAGAAAAAAUGUAUGCAAAAACCACCCAUUUCCUUUAAUAGGAGUUGCUUGUGGAAGGUUCAAAAAUUUGGCUUGAGAAAGUAAAAAAACAAAAACACCCUCUGUAGCUCAGAGGUAUCUCUGAAGCGUUGAGACUAGACUGCUUCAGGCAAGUUCAGUUCAGAGUUUUUAAGGAUCUGCCUUGGGAUUAAAGCUUUGUCCAAAGUGGAAGUACACCUGUUGUCUUCUGCUGUUGAAGUUGGACACACGGAUUCUUGCUGCAAGGUGUACUCAUUAAUAGUGCAAAAAAUAUUUUUAAGCCCUUAAUCAUUCUUGUUCCACAAAUGAAUAUCCCUCAAGACCAACUAAGGCUGUAAUCCUAAGCAUAUUUAUUUAAAAAGUUCAGUUGAUGACAGGAAACAUGCUUUUAGAUCAGGGUGUGUGAUUAUUUUCAGCUUUCCCAAAGCAUGGAAUUAGGUUUAAUAAUCUCUUAGAUUACUAUUUGCUAGUUUUAAAAAAAUAAUUGAAUGCAGGUUCAGAUCCAAGGCUUUUCUGCAGACAUGACAAAGACUUAAUACCCUUUCCCCCUUUUUGCAAUAGGGUACUAUUCUCAUCGCGAGACUGUAAAUGGUUCUUGGUACAUUCAAGAUCUGUGUGAGAUGAUAAGAAAACAUGGUUCUUCGCUGGAGUUCACAGAGCUACUGACGCUGGUUAACAGGAAGGUGGCUCAUCGCAGAGUGGAUAUGUGCAAAGAUCUUAAUGCUAUAGGGAAAAAGCAGAUUCCUUGCUUUGCAUCAAUGUUGACUAAGAAGCUGCAUUUCUACCCAAAAUCAAAAUAACACUAAGGAGCAGUAACAAGAGGUUAUCUCAAACUACCCACAAUCUUGACAUAUGGGGUAAUAGAUUCAGGCUGCAAUCCUGUACCCUUUUACCUGGGAGUAAUUCCCACUGAACUCAAUGGGGUUGCUUCUGCGUAGCUGAUAUUUGGAACUGCACUGUCAAUCAUUGUCAGUGUGCACUAUUUCAGUUAAGAAAUCGUGCUUAUUUUUCUUGAUCAACUAAGACAAUUUGCAAAACUACAAAGUAGCAAUAAUGGAAGACCCAAGUAACCAAAUUACAACCAGCAAGGUCCUUUAAAAAAAAAAAGUGAUUGUAAAUAUUGUAAGAUAAUUUCAAAAUCUGAAAGACUUUUUUUUAACUUGUCAGAAAAAUUGCAAAAAGAAAUUUGAAAGGAAGUUGUAUAAUGCUGAACUUUCCAUAAAAUUCAACAUUUUAAAACCAGAAGUACUUUUUAUGCACUGCAUUUGAAAUUAUUGGAUUAGAAAUCAACAUUAUACUUACCGAACCUCAGAGAAUUUUGGAAAAUAAGUCAAUCUUUUUACAUUUGAGCAAGAAAGAAGCAGUUAAUCAGACUUAACUAUUUUCAAGUGCAUGAGUUUGCAAGCUUCAUUUUGAAACUUUAGAUUUUGUACUCUCUCUUUCCCGCCCCCAUACAAUAAUGCUUUUGUAGGGAUCAUUUCCAUUAUCUGACCUCAUCCCCAUACUUUAGCCUGGCAAAUACCAUCUGAACACUGUCAAACUCAGUUGUGCAACUGCCACUGACUGGUGUAACUGGCUGGUACGGUCAAAAGAGUUCCAGGCAUCCCAUUUAUAGUUCAAAAUUAUUAUUAAGUAGCUUGACCUAUUGCAGGCCAUUAUCCGUUGUUCUAUAGGUGCUAGGACCUGUACUAUCUUGCUCCCUGACGUUGGGGGUGGUGCUGUUUGUACAGGUGAGUUGUGCCCCGUGGACUUUGCAUCUUAAAUGUAACAAGAAACUUUAUAUGUUUAUAAAAAGCCACAGACUCUGAAACUAUUUGUGCAUGUGAGGAUUUCUGAAAACUUAGGAGGUGCUUUUUAAAAAUUUUUUGCAGAACAUAUCUUAACUCAGAAAAUAAAAUAAGCACAAAACAGCAAUGCAUUUUUUAUUUACCUUAUUAUAAAGUUACAUUCAAAUUGAAGGGUACCAGAUUAAAAUAAAAAUUUUAAAAAUC